AUGCGCUCGGCAGCAGGGCUAUUCUAUGCGGCUGUCUUUGCCUUGAUGGGCAUGGCCGAUGCCCAGGAUCAUGGCUCCAAAACAACUGACAUGGCCAACAAGUGCGCUCUUGAACCUACGGCUAUGGUAUCGGAUGCAUGUGUCUCAUACGGCACCGUUAAUAAACUCAACGAUGAGGUCUACUCCCUCCUCCAGGGCCUCACUCAAGAAACCGAUUUCUUUUCCUACUACCGAUUAAACCUCUUCAACAAAGAAUGCCCCUUCUGGAACGACGCAAAUAGCAUGUGUGGAAAUAUCGCCUGCUCUGUGAAUACUAUCGAGUCCGAGGAGGAUAUUCCGCUUAUCUGGCGAGCGGAAGAACUGAGCAAGCUCGAGGGCCCUAAGGCCCAGCACCCGCCUCGCAAAGUUCAAGCCGAGCGUCCCAAGGCGCGUCCGCUCCAGGGCAAGCUCGGUGAGGGUGUCGGCGAAAGUUGUGUGGUCGAAUACGACGACGAGUGCGACGAGCGCGAUUACUGUGUCCCCGAAGACGAGGGCUCAGCGGGCAAGGGUGACUAUGUCAGUUUGGUGGAUAACCCUGAGCGGUUCACGGGAUACUCGGGUGCUGGCGCACACAUGGUCUGGGAUGCCAUCUACCGCGAAAACUGCUUUAUGAAACCUAUCUCCGAGGAGCUUGAUGAACAAUCUCUCAACAUGCCAAUGGGCGGACUCCAGGCUUUCUCCGACUUCCGCGAAGUAAUUCAGAAGGAGGCUCGUUUGGAAGGACUACCUUUGGAUAAUGAGUGCUUGGAGAAGCGUGUCUUCCACCGACUCAUCAGCGGUAUGCACGCUUCGAUAUCUACGCAUCUCUGCUGGGACUAUCUCAACCAGACGACGGGUCAGUGGCACCCCAACAUGCAGUGCUUCAAGGAGCGUCUGUAUGACCACCCAGAGCGCAUCUCAAACAUGUAUUUCAACUACGCUCUUGUCUCGCGCGCCGUCGCCAAGCUGCGCAAGCACCUGCAGAGCUACACCUUCUGUACCAGCGACCCUGAACAGGAUCUAGAUACCAAGCAGCGGGUCAACCAGCUCGCCGAAAUCCUCUCGCGUCCCCCUCAGAUCUUCGACGAGAACCUGAUGUUCCAAGAUCCCACCACCCAAGGCCUGAAAGAGGAUUUCCGCAAUCGUUUCCGCAACGUCAGCCGACUCAUGGACUGCGUGGGCUGUGAUAAGUGCCGCCUCUGGGGCAAGGUGCAGGUGAAUGGAUACGGAACCGCACUGAAGGUCCUGUUCGAGUACGACGAGACCAAGAAUGGUGAGAACCCACUCCUGCGACGCACCGAGCUGGUCGCCCUGAUCAACACGCUCGGCCGUAUCUCGCACAGUCUGGCAGCCGCGCGCAGCUUCCACGAAGCCAUUGAAGCUGGACUAGAUAGCCCAGCUCCUAUUCAACUCCAUCAGCUUGUGACAGAGGAGGAAGCCGAAGCGAGGGAGAGGGAGAGGGAGAUGGGGAGAGCGAGAGAAAAGAAGGAACCGGGGAUGUUGUUGAGACGUGAUGAGUCUGGCAAUGUAUGGUGGGAGAAAACGAGCGCCGAAUACGUCUACGGGCGUGAGAAGAUGGAGAGAUAUCCGUGGGAGCGACCGCCGAGGACUGCCGAUAUGGGUUUCCUCGACGAGCUCAAGGCCGAAUUCAGCGUUGUGUGGGACACGACGAUGUACGUCCUGAAGUCUUGGAUGGAUAUUCCGCGGACGCUCCUCGAGAUCUCUGUCUGGGAAGGUCAGCGUCUGUACUCAUUCUGGCUCGGUUUGCCCGUCCCUCCUCGCCUCUGGAAACUCCAGGCCCCUGGAGCCGAGGCGCUCGAACGCGCUGAGAGGAAGAAGCAUGAGACAAACAAACCUAAAGACGAGCUGUGA